AUGGGAAGCUAUUUUACUAGAACUCGUGCUUGGUGGUACAUCGCUUUCUAUGAUGAGUAUGUUGGUCGCCAUAUUAACACCUCAGCUGGACUCUCAAUCCUCUUAAUCAUCCCACUUUACUUGUACGGUAUUUAGGUGAACAGACUAGGAGAGCAAAAUUGCAAUCAUUUGAUGUACAACUGGUAAUUCUUCGACAAAAGAAAUCGUCUCUGCCAUAAUAUGAUAAUGGAGCAUUUCGAAGUUCACAAGGAAAAUUUGGAGGAUGUAUUAGUUGAAUUAGACAAGAGAGGACCAAAGGUGUUCACUGAGUUGCCACCAGAGGUAGAAGACAACUAGCCAAUCACCAUGGAUGAUUUCGCUCUCAUUGAUGAAAUUUCAGGUCUCAACUAAUUCAUGGAUAACUUCAUGAGAGCACAAGACUUGACAGAGAUGCAAAGAUCUAGAAUCGAGUCAAGAUUAGUUCGCUACAAUGGUACAAGGCCUAAAGAAAUUGCUCUCAAUGAUAUGAGAAUGAGACUAUACGGAAAUGGAAGAUGA